UCAGUGCCGAUUCGAUAUUCAGUCGUCCGUUCCGACAUCUUCUUUUUUUUUCGGCAACGAGAUUUCCCUGUUUUCAAAAAGCGACCUCCGAUCCGUGACGUGGUGAGAUGGCGAAGAACAACCAUCUACUGAUACAAAGCGAUGUGAACAAAGAUGAGCAGCUUAUCUCGCUGGUGGAGCAGAAUCCGGUACUGUACACGCAAACCCAUCCCAAGUACAUGGACUCCAAGUACAAGCAGAAGGUUUGGGAAACCAUCGGAGCGUUCGUAGAGGAGGACACAUUGGCUUGUAAAGCCCGUUGGUACAACAUUCGCGACAACUAUCGCAAAUCCCUCAGGAACAACCUGACCCGUAGUGGUUCCAAGAAGGCCAAAUUGUACAAAUACACCACACAGUUAAGCUUCCUCAGCAACUAUGCGGAUGAAGUUAUUCGUGAGCAUGCCACGAUCAACAUUGACGACCAAGAGACUCGAUCGACGCUCCCUUCACCUACCCGUGCACCGACCCCACCACCUGCCGAGGAAUCCGUUGAAGAACCCACUCAGGAUUCGGAGCACGAGGAGUUCCUGGACGACAUCGUCAUGAAACAUGAAACCAACUAUUCUGAGAAUGAGUUCACGAAAGAUCCUCUAAACACUUCAAAACCAGCUAUGCCAUCAACCGUCAAAACUGCAAUUGAUAACGCCAGUGUCUCGGGGCCCCAGACCAGAAUCAUCCGAAGAAUUCGGCGACCCAUGCUCGAACAUUCGGAGAGCGAAAGUUCCGAGCGAGUGUUGGAUCUGCUGGUGAGAAAAAUGCUCACAACGGCGGAAAAUCGUGAUCCGGUGGAUGCGUUCCUGGCGGGGAUUGCCCCAACGCUGAAAUCCCUACAUCCAUACUACCAGAAUCUGGCCAGGUCGGAAAUCUUCGCAACCGUACAAAAGUACGAGCUCAAGAUGCUAACCGAGCCGCCGCCGUUAUGCAACUCGAAUCAACGGUCUGGAACGUGAAUGUGGACUGGCUCCAGCAGGGGUGGAAUUUAGAGGAUAAAAUGAUAUGAGACUUUUGUUUAAGACACCUAUAGACUGAAAAUAAAAACGAUUAAUUUACUUUCAAAUCCAUGA